GGCUACCAAAAAAGCGCUACAAAGGCUACAUAACUGAAGUGUAAUAAACUUCCUUUUGUUAGUGUAUAACAUAUCGAUGUUUGCAGAUUGGUCUAAUAUCAAAUGCGUUUGUUUGGACGUGGAUUCUACGGUUUGUGAAGAUGAAGGACUGGAUGAAAUUGCCAGUUUUCUUGGAGUUACUGAUAAAGUUAAAAAGAUGUAGACAAUAAAUUUCGUCUAUAUUUCAAAGUUUCAUUAGCACUGAGGAGGCUAUGAAUGGAGAAUUGGACAUUAGUAAGGCAUUAGAAGCCCGCUUAUCGAUAAUGAAUUUAAAUCUAAAGAAGCUUACUGACUUUUUAGACAACCAUCCAGUUAGACUAACACCUGGUGUUGAAAAUCUUGUUAAUCAGUUCAAAGAAAAUGGGGUUGAUGUUUACUUGGUAAGCGGUGGAUUAUAUCCGUUAGUUAAUCGCGUAGCCCAACUGCUCAAUAUUCCUGAAGAAAACGUUUACGCGAACAAGCUGAUUUUCGAUAACGAAGGCACAUUUAUUGGAUUGGAUGAUAGUGCACCAACUAGUCGUUCCGAUGGUAAAGCUUUAAUCGUUAAUGAAUUACUGAGCAAAUUGCACACUCCAGUUAUGAUGAUAGGUGAUGGAAUGACAGAUGCAAAAGCUUGUCCACCAGCUUCUGUAUUUAUCGGUUUCGGUGUCAAUGUUAUUCGUCCUAAAGUUAAAACUAUAUCCGAUUAUUUCUGUACAUCUGUGGAAGAAUUAAUUAAGUUGUUGAAAAACCAUAAAAUGUUACUAUGAGAUUAUAUAUUGUAUAUAUGAUUUUACUUUACAUAAAUUAAUAUUUUCAGUAUUAUAUGUGGAUGUAAUGCAAAUAUACUUAAUUACCA